AUGGCUCUUUUCUUGGUUCGACCGAGUGUGCAGGAACGCCAGCCCGCCGUUGCUACUGCUGCAAGUCCAUUGAUUUCAUCGCGAACCGUCGGGCCUCGUCGGAACCUAACUGAACUUCACGCGUCUCGUCGGGCCGUUGAGCACGUACGCCUUCCCAACCCCGCCGUAGUCCUCGGCGCAGCGGCAGGAGCCGCGCUCAAAGCAGUCCAAUCAACAGCUGCCACGAUAGCAAGCUCCGUUGCUCAACUUCCUGCCGGACACUUAUUCGGCGACGCUUCCAAGGUUUGCGAGGAUUUCGGCGUGCUGCCCGCGUGCGAUUUCUUUUUUGACCUGCUGGGUCCUUUCGGUCUGCCCUCUGUUCGCCUCCCUUUCGACUCUCAAGUGGUGCUGUUGCACUCCCAACGCAAUGGUGACCGUCCCGUGAGCUUGGACAUCGCCACCAGCGUUUCGCCCAGCGUUGACGAGAUUGGCGACGACAAGACGAAGUCUUACGGUUACCAGGUGGAGGUGGAUGCGACUGGGAAGGCGGAGUACUGCAAGUGCAAGGCAGCAGAGCUGGUAACGAGCGUGGCACAUGCCGGUGAUCAAUUUUAUGCAACUGGAGAGCCAGCGAGGGUGUAUGCCCGGACUUUCCAGAAGAAUCUUCCAGCAGAAGCCUUUCAGGGUUGUUGCGUGCGCCUUCCACUGGCCAGUGUGCAGCUGAAGGCUCCUGGCGGUGAUGUCAUUAACUUGAACAAGGGGGACGGAAAUGAACGUUUUCCUGAUGAGCGUCGUUGUCUUCUCUUUCAUGUGCUUGUAUUGUAG